UCGAGUUGGCGUCCGCCCGGAAGGCGGGGCCGGGACUCACAGAUGGCCCCACUGCCGGGGGCAGAGCUUGUCCAGACACCGCUGCAGCUGUACCGUUACUUGUUGCGUUGCUGCCGGCAGCUGCCAACCAAGGGCAUCCAGGAACACUACAAGCAUGCUGUCAGGCAGGGUUUCCGGGUUCACUCAGAUGAAGACAACCCUGAGAGAAUCCUGCAGAUUAUCAAAAGAGCCAUUGAAGAUGCCGACUGGAUCAUGAACAAGUACAAAAAGCAAAACUGAGAAUCCGGAGCUCGCAGCUUGACUGUCCUGGGGACAUUUGGAACUGAGAAGCACCUCUGCUUUUGGAGCUCAGCAGCAGCAGCAGCAGUUCUGGAAUAUUCUUUGACCUUGUUGGCUGAAAGCAAGAACUUAUAGCUGGCAUUUGGUCAGGUGGCUCUUGUCACUGCAGCCAUGUUUCCAGCAUCUUUUAUGUCUGCUCUUCUGGCCCGGAAUGAUAUUCAAUUUGGGGAGAACUUGGUGUUUUUUUGCUUCUUUUCUGUGUUUCUCAUUUUUGUCUAUCUGCUCUUUUACGCUGCUCUGAAGGGAGUUAAUUUAUUCUGGAGGUCCCUGCACCGUUCUCCGAGCCCCAGAGCAGAUGUCCCCUCAGACGACCACCUGUACACAAGAAAUAGAUCGGGCUUGAGACCCAGGCAGCUGUGGAUCUGAAUCCCAGCCAGCAUCCACGGCUUCAGGUGCUGCCUGGGUGAGCCUGGCUGAGCCUGGCUGAGGGGUCAGUGAUGUGUUGAUUGUGUGCCGUGCUCUGACUUUGUGCACAGAGAUGAAGGAAGCCGCUGAGCUGCCCUUCCCCAGCUCCAGCUCUGUCUCCCAUAGUCGUAUCCUCUCUCAGUGACUGUUUGUCCUGUGCCAUCUCAAGUGCCACCACCUCCAGCUGUGCUCUGUGGUGUCUGGAAGUCUGCUAAGGAGCUGCUCCUCCUGUCACUGUCCCCUCCAACAUGCUCCGAGCAGAAGUCCUGGCCCUCGAGGUGGUGAAACGUAUACCACGUGAGACUGGGGAAAAAAUGCAAGCAGCCAGAGUAGACGCCAGCAGGUCCAGGCUUCUGUGACUCCACAGUGUGUCCUCACUGGCCCUCUUGGGCUUUGACCCCCAGGGGAGGAGACGAGGAAAUCAGGUCCGGGAAAAGAAGCUCAAGUGGGUGGAAGUUAGAGAAGCCACACUGGGACAUUCAGCCAGCAGGGUGAGCUGGUGCCUGCGUGCGUCCUUGCAGUUAUAUGAGUUGGAGUGACCUCUGUCCAUGCAGAAGGGGUUGACAACACUGAAGCGCCUGUGCCAGUUUGUGAAAGCUCACGUUUCCUCCCCUUCACUUUAUUUAUCUUAGACGGGAUCUCACUGUGGAGCCCUGGCAGGCCUUGAACUUUUGAACUUUCAGCAAUCCUCCUGCCUUUGCUUCCCAGCUGCUUAGAUUAUAGGUGUACCCCAACA